AACCGUGAAUAUUUGAAAUAAGUUUCAUUCCACUGUCAGUGUAUUAAACAUGGUAUUAUAACGUAUAAAAGAUCAACAUUGCCAAAUAAAUUGACUUUCGCUUAAAUAAGUGUUCACUGCUUAUCUGGAAUUAUUUUACACACCAACAUAUCAAACAAAAAUACACGUAAUGUACAAAACAAAACCUUGACGUUUGAAACUUCCGGUUUCUGCUAUAAAUAUACCUGACGCGGAUAAAAAUUCAUGUAAACGUUUCACUACUCGAAAAGGAAUACAUACAUCAAUCUACGAUGUGCAUUUUGUUUAUGCACCUUGGGCAGUCUACGGACGGAUAUAGACUGAUCUUGGCUAACAACAGGGACGAACUUUGGGACAGACCAACCGACACAGCAGCAAUCCGAGGAACAGCCCGACGUUGGAUUGGUGGUAUUGACGUAGAACCAGGAAAAGAAGGCGGCACGUGGCUUGGCGUAUCAGAAAAUGGACAACUCGCCAUUUUACUUAAUAUUCUUGAAGUUCAGAAACCAGAUGCCAAAGGCAGAGGUUUCUUUGUUCCGAAUUUCCUGACCGGGGAGAAAACAGUAGACGAGUACCUGGCGGAUGUCGCCACUGAACACGACCUCUACAACCCCUUCCAUCUGAUUUUGGUGGACCUUAGGUACCGGCAAUUUACUAACCAACACAAACCCACUUUGUGCGUGAAGACGAUAACAUGUAGCCAUAACACAGAGCCGAUUACUCAUUCAUACUCGGAUGGUUACGUUUCCUGUGACAACUCUCGCGAUAUCACGAAGCCUUGGAAGAAAAGGUCGGUCGGAGAAAAGCAGUUUUCGGACAUAGUGGCGGCUUACGGAAGCCCUGAACACAAAGCAGAUCUCGUUGAGCGUUUAAUGGGUUUAAUGAACGAUAGAGUAAGACACUUACCUGACCUGGUUCUUGCGGAGCAGUUUGCGGCUGUUGGUAGGUCCACUGAGAGUGAGUUUUUCAAACAGCGAGCAGCCGUAUCAGUUUUCUCACCGGAAGUUAAGUAUGGAACAAGAACAAACACGAUUAUCCUCGUAGACCACACAGGAAACUGUAGCUACAUAGAGCGUACAUUGAAAAUGCCAGUUAGCGUAGACAAGCCAGAUUACAGCGUCGUUGAACUAAGUUUUAAAAUAAAAGUUUGAGAAUUAUUUUAAAGAACAUCGAAAAUGGUUUACACGUAUUAAUAGUGUGUUUUUAGCUCGACUAUUACAUAUGAAAUAUAUAUAGUGGAGCUAUCCUACUCACCCCGGCGUCGGCGUUAGCGUUAGCGUGAGCGUGCAAAUGUUAAAGUUUGCGUACCACCUCAAAUAUUUUCAAUGUCCCUAGACAUAUUGCUUUAAUAUUCUGCUUACUUCUUUACCAAUAUGACCCCAACCUAUAAACAAGAGCAGACAACUGUAUCAAGCAUUUUGUAAGAAUUAUGGCCCAUUUUUCACUUAGAAUAUGCAUGUUAUUGAUAAAUCUAUGUUAAAGUUUGCGUACCAUCUCAAAUAUUUUCAUUGUCCCUUGACAUAUUGCUUUCAUAUUUUGCAAACUUCUUUACCAACAUGACCCCAAUCUAUAAACAAGAGCAGACAACUGUAUCAAGCAUUUUUUUAAGAGUAAUGGCCCUUUUUUCACUUAGAAUAUGCAUAUUACUUUAGUUACAUUGCCAUAACUUCUUUAUUUAUGAUCAUAUUUUAUUCAUACUUUGACAAAACAACACUUACCUGACAUACCACAAUGGACUCCACCCAAACCAUCCCCCACGCCCCAGCCCAGAAUCCCCCCCCCCC